AAAUAGAGGAAGGCAUCGAUAUGAGUCAACAUUGUGGGUUUCUGUUCCCACGCGACGCACAUUGACACAGAGCAGCCGAGUUCCUGUUCUCACUUCAGAUGAAAACUGUGGUCACUGAUCAGUCACGUCAGUCUGCGUGAGGAUGAGGGUGAAUAUCUACCUGCUCGUCUUAGUGCUUGGCUAUAAGACCGCUGCAGGAAUAAUCCAUGAAACAGUUGAAGAAAAGACACAGGUGUCUCUGAGAUGUCCUCACUCUGUGGAGGGAGACGUGACGUGGAGCAGAGAGAGGAAUGGAAACAAAACUGACAUACUGACAGUUAAUGGAGACAGAGACAUAAAACACAUUGAUGACCCGGGCAAACAAUACCGUUCAUUAUCUGAUAAGUCACUGUACUUUGUAAAAGUUGUCGUCUCAGACUCUGGAAGAUACUUCUGUAACAAUGAAGCAGCUGCAGAUCUGACGGUGAUCCCAUCAGGAACAACUAUAGUCCCUGCUCCAGAGAGGACCAGCAUCACUCUGACAUGUCCUCAUGAUGUCGGAGCAUCACAUGUUCCAACAUGGAGCAGAGACUCUGGUGGAAUACAACUAAGAAGGUUUGAUGUUUCCUCUGUUGACCAGAUGUUGACUAUAACAGACGUGCAGCCUGGUGACUCUGGACUUUACUACUGUGAUGGAAAACCAGCUGUUUAUCUGAACGUGACCGAAGGUAAGAAAAAGGAAAUCAGAGAGAAAAACAGAAAUAUGGGCGGAAGUAAACACAUAUUAAGCAAACAAAAUCAGUAUCAAUCAAUAUCAAUAUCAGUGAGCUUUAGAGCUGCUGGUAGGUGAUUUUUUUGUUGCCUUUGGUCAGAGCGAGGCUAGCUGUUCCC